UUACACAAGUAAAUGUUUUUGUCCAUAGAACUAUAUGUAUCAUAAGCCAUACAAAACAAUUUUUAGGCAUUCUUAGAAACAAUUUUUAGGCAUUCUUAGAAACAGUUUUUGAAUUGCCCAGUUGUGAAGAACAUAUGGCAGGGGAUGGGGCUGCCGUUAGUGACAGAGGGGGAGGGGCUAAUGGUUUGGCUCCAGAAAGCUUUUACCUCAGUGGCAGUAGAAGAUAUUUGCAGGCUAAUUAUGGCUCUUUGGGCUAUUUGGAAGGGCAGAAAUGAGAUAGUAUGGAAGGAAGGCUUUUUUUGCUUGGCAAGUGUGAAACGUGUUGCUGCUACCACAUUAGAGAGCUGGAGGAAAGCCCAGGAGGCUAGCAGCAGACUGAGGUGUAAUACCUCACCUCAAGGAGUACACCGUUGGCAGAAACCGGAGAUGGAUUGGAUAAAAAUCAAUGUAGAUGCGGCUAGUAAUGUUAGAAGCGGAAAGUGGGCAUGGGCAUGUGUUGGAAGAGAUAGCAAUGGUAACUUUCUGGGAGCUAUUAGUCGAGUUGUAAAAGCCAUUUGGUCACCGGUAGAGGCAGAGGCAAUCGGCGUCAAAGAAGCUAUUAUUUGGGCAAUUAAAAUGGGUUGGCAAAAGGUGGUGAUCGAAUCGGAUGCCGAGUUGGUGGUAGCAGGUGUUCAAGGGGAGG